GACAAGGCAAGAGACGCUCCCGUUGCGAGACGCGCAUCACGAGUAUGAGAUUUGAGAGUGAAAAAGGGAGAUUAAUUUAAUAGAUAAUAGAAACAAAUGGCAGAGGACGAGAUACACGUGCGUACUUUGGCUACAUUUGAUACAAAAUUUCCAGCGGACACCGUCGAGUGGUGUCCCAUGGAGCCGUAUCGAGACGUGCUAGCGUGCGGCACGUAUGCGUUAAAUAAAAAUGAAUCUAGCGCAAAAUCCACAUACAGACAGGGGCAGAUCUUGCUGCUCCGCAUAGGGAACGGCGGGGAGUUGGAACUGCUGCAGCAAGUGUGCACCUCAGCUGUACUGGACAUGAAAUGGUUGCACGUCACGGACGUCGCGGAGACCCGGGUGUUACUCGCCGUUGUCGACUCCACGGGAUACUUGCAAAUUUAUCAGCUGAAGGACGACGGGAAGAGGAUAGAACUUGUCACGAAAUCGAAGGUCAGCGACGAGGAGAGCGUCAUGGCGUUAUCUCUGGAUUGGUCCAACAGAAAGGACAUCUCCGAGCCUGUCGUUAAUACUAAUAUUCUCGUGAGCGACAGCGCAGGACAGAUCUCUCAGUUUACGUGGGGCGAGACGGGUGAGCUGACGAAGGACUUCACGUGGCCCGCGCACCAGUUCCACGCGUGGAUCGUCGCAUAUGAUUAUUGCAAUUCACGCAUUUUUUAUUCUGGAGGCGACGAUAAUAGGUUUCUAUGUUUCGACAGCAGAACGGGAUCUCAUCCAGUAGUUGACAAUAAGGAGCACACUGCCGGCGUAACCACCAUCCAUGGCAAAACAUCUUUACUCGCGACUGGAAGUUACGACCAGAACGUGAGACUCUGGGACACGAGAAAUUUCGCGCGACCAGUAUCGACGAUUUGUCUCGACGGUGGAGUCUGGCGUUUGAAAUGGGAUCCAUUUACUCAGCAAUAUCUAUUCGCCGCCUGUAUGCACAAUGGUUUCAAGAUCGUUAAUCAUGAUAUAGUAUCGUCGAUCGUUGUCAAUUAUAAAGAGCACAGCGGUUUAUCGUACGGCUGUGACUGGUCGUUCCUAAGGCAGCCGGACGUUUCGCGUUUAAACAUACCUAACGGUGACACCUUAGUGAGCACUUGUUCCUACGAAGAUUGUCUCCUCAAGGUGUCGGUGAUUGAUUUCUGGCCGGACAAACACGUUAACGAAAAAGACUACUGACGCGAUUAAGAAGCACAUUCCUAUAGCACAAAUAAAUGUGCUGUCAUAGCGAUUUUAGGAAAAUGAAAUGAAUGCACAAAUUGUACUAUAUAGAAAUCCGUGAAUGAAUGUAAUUCACAAUUUGUAUAAUACCUUUAUUUAUAUUAAAAUUUCAGCGAUUCACUAUUUA